CGAACUCUUUUCUCAUUUAUAAUGUCUAUCGCAGCAAAGCUCGCUCAAUUCGGUAAACAGCACAUCGCCAGAGGUAUCGGACGCAGUACCGAACUCGUUAUUUCCAAAGGAAAGGGUACCUAUGUCUGGUGUGUCGAAGGCAAGAAGUACCUUGAUCUUACCACUGGUAUUGGAGUCACCAACACAGGCCACUGCCACCCUACCGUUGUCAAGGCUGUUCAGGAACAGGCUGCAAACCUGUCCCAUGGACAGGUCAACAUCUUUUUCCAAAAGCCAAUGCUUGACCUCAUCGAAGGUCUCAAGAACAGAAUGCCCUCCCCCAAGCUUGACACCUUCUUCUUCUGGAACUCUGGUUCCGAGGCUGUAGAGGCUGCAAUCAAGUUGGCCAGACAGGCCACUAAGAAACAGAACAUCAUUGUGUUCCAGGGUUCGUACCACGGUCGUACCUUUGGUACCAUGGCCCUCACCACCUCCAAGACCACUUACUCUGCCGGUUUUGGUCCCCUGAUGCCUGGUGUUCAUGUGGCACCUUACCCAUACUUCCAGCAGUGGGCUGCACACAAGGCUGACCCCACAAAGUUCACUCCUGAGUGGUGCGGUGAAGAGGCUCUCCGUCAGUUGGAAAUCCUCCUCAAGCAGCGUACUUCUCCUGAGGACACCGCCGCCAUUCUUAUUGAGCCCAUCCAGGGAGAAGGUGGCUAUGUUGUUCCUCCCAAGGGCUACAUGAAGGGUCUUCGCGCUUUGUGCGAUAAGCAUAACAUUUUGUUGAUUUGUGAUGAAGUACAGUCCGGUUUCGGACGUACCGGCAAGAUGUUUGCUGUUGAGCACACUGGUGUGGUUCCUGAUAUUUUGGUUAUGGCCAAGGGUAUUGCUUCUGGCUACCCUCUUUCCGGUAUUGUUGCCAACAAAGCUUUGAUGGAUCUCCAGCCCCCAGGAUCUAUGGGUGGAACCUACUCCGGUAACGCAAUUUCUUGUGCCGCCGCCAAUGCCACUCUUCGCGUAUUCGAUGAUGAGAAGCUUUUGGAGAACUGCAAUGCUAGAUCUGAGCAAUUUUUCUCGGCUUUGCGCGCAAAGAUUCCCGCUGCCCUUCCCAAGGGCGUCACUGUUGACGUUCGCGGUGAGGGUUUGAUGAUUGGUAUCGAGUUUAUGGGUGUUCCUUAUGGAUUUGCCAACUCAGUCGCCCAGGAGGCCCUAAAGCUUGACACAAUUGUCUUGACCACCUCAAUCUACGAGACUCUCCGCCUUAUUCCCCCACUCAACAUCACCAAGGAAGAGACUGACUUGGCCAUUGACCGUGUCGUUAACUCUAUUGCCGCUGCUUCCAAGGCUGUCAAGGCUUAAGAAAAAACAAGCACACAAAUAAUUCUCAUCUUUAUCUCUCAAAGUGAUUCUUUUUGCCCUAUAUAUCUACCUAUAGUUAUCUAUUACUCUAUCCUGUACAUUGUGUUUUCUCAACAUCUUUAUAAAAAACGCUUUCUUUAGAAUAUCUUGAUUUGCAGCAAGGGUCUUUAUAAAAAAAAGUAUAGAUAUUAAACAUGAAAAUAAACACCCAAUACCAUUGCCAGCCAACC